UUCAACCCCCACGGCAUGGAAUCGACAGGCAAUCAUUUGCCGAACGUGCAUUUCAAUUCUGACCGGUCAUGUGUCUGCAGCUGACGAGAUGCUCCCUUUUAAUGACCCUACUGUCGAAAUACGAGUUUUGAGAUUUGAGGAAGUGCCUGUGGAUGACUCAACACCGCUUCGAUGCUCUCUUCAAAACGUCUCUUUAGACGACCGUGGGCCUCGUCCGGAUAUUGAUUGUUUUGGCCGAGAAGUAGACGGCCGCGAUGCAACCAUUGAAGGCACACCUGCUGAGACUGUUGUGCAUGAUGUUCCGACGCAGAACUCAGGAUGUCGGUUUGCAUGGGGCGAUUUCCAAACCCUUUCAUACACUUGGGGACAAGAAACUUCUUCUUCUGAGACCAUAUUCAUAAAUGGAAAAGAGUCAAGAAUACCACAUGGCCUCGCAAUCGCAUUGCGUGCUCUUGCGUGCCAACCAGAAACGCAGCUUGGUAUGCACUAUUGGGUGGACUCUUUGUGCAUAAACCAAAACGAUACCUUAGAAAAAAACCAGCAAGUUAAGCGCAUGGGAGACAUCUAUCGGAAAGCAAGAGCAGUGAUAGUGUGGCUUGGUCCUCAGGAAAGUGGGGAUGAACGAGCAAUAGCAAAAAUGAGGCAGCUGUGCCAAGUUACGCCGAAGACAAGCCAACACCCUCCCUCUCAGUACGUCUAUCCUGAUGCCUGGGACGAAUUGUACGCGUUCAUGAGAAAGACGUACUGGAGUAGAACAUGGAUUAUCCAAGAGCUAGCGAUGAACCACAAUGCGACACUAUUUUUAUGUGGCACGAUCAAAUUGACCAGACGGAUGGUUUUAAUGGCUGCCGUAUAUUGUCAACAAAUAUCUCGACGGUUCAAGGAUGACCUCCCUGUAGUUGCUGAUGAUGAUUCUCCCGAACUCCAAGUGUGGGCUCUUUCCAGUCGUAUGCACCGUCUCGUCAGCGUCUCCACUGGCUCCCCUCGCCGUAGAACAUUGGAUAAGCUUCUGAAUCUCAUCCGUCGGGCCGACGCGACAGAUAUGCGUGAUAAGGUAUAUGGAAUACUUGGACUUCUGGACGAUACUGUGGCAGCCCGUAUAGUGCCAGACUAUGAACUUUCUGUGCGACAGGUGUAUGUAAAUUUCGCCAUGACGCUCAUAGACACCAGCAAGAGACUUGAAACCAUUAUCUUCGGCGGAUUAUCCCAGGACGAUACUUGGCCUACAUGGGUGCCUGACUGGAGGGUUCAGUUCAACCGCGACCACGUUCGUUAUCUGAAGCAAGCUCGUGCCUGUGGCGAUAAUAUGAUCGCUUCGCUCGAAUUCAAGGGCGAAGAGCAGCUGCUCUUAACAUGUUCUGGCGAUAACGUAGACACAUUAACUCGUGUUGGUGCAACCCCUAACAGACCUAUCAACAAACCAAAUGAGAUCCCACGGGUCGAUCGAUACAAAGAGCGUAGCGCCAUUGCUCUGUGGAGAACCCUUCUACUAGAUGAUAUAUAUAAAAGAGAUGAGUACAUGGAAGACGAGCCUCCUCUACUGGAGGUGCCUUGGGUUGAACCUCCGGAUCCGAGCGAUGCUUCCUCACCUUCGAGUACAAAAUCUGAAUGGGACCAAGUGCUAAGAAGUAGCAACUAUCGGGACUUCCAUGAAUUCCGGCAGGCGAAUUACGAUUUUCCCAUCGGAGAACGCAAUUUGGAAGACUUUUUCCCUCAUUCUGUUCCACAGGCGCGCCUCUUUGGGAGUAGGAGACAGCUCGUCCGAGCGACUCUAUCAAUCAAGAACAGAACCUUAGCCGUGACAACGAGUGGUUACUUGUGUUUAGUUCCCGACGCUGCACAGGAAGGUGAUAUCCUUGUUAUCCUGGCUGGUUGCCGCUGUCCGAUGAUUCUUAGACCCCGCGGCAGCUUCUACGCCGUUGUUGGGGAAUGCUAUGCGCAUGGGCUCAUGGAAGGAGAAUUUUAUAAGAGUGGACAGAACUGUAAGCAGCGAGACGAAUUCACGCUCUGUUGAUACUCAGAAUAGAUUAAUCCAUCACUGGAAUAUGCAACAUAAGAUUGAUUGACG